AUGAGAUUUUCACAAGCUACUGUUUUAGCCUUUGCAGCUUUAUCGUUAGCUGCUCCAGCUUUUGAAGCUGACAAUAAAAACAUCAAAAGAGAAGAUUGUGACAAAACUUCUUUUCAUGGUCACCACAAACAUAAGAGAGCUGUUGCUUACGACUACGCUUAUGUUACCGUUACUGUUGAUGGGAACGGUAAUCCUAUCACUACUGUCAGUCCAGUUCUUUCUAUUGAAACAAUUGCUAAAUCCGAAGAAACUUCAUCUACUUCAACUUCAAUUUCUUCAACUACCACCAUCGUUCAAAAUGAUUCAUUGACUUCUGAUGAACCAAAAACCCUUUCCCUUCCAUCUGGUACUAUUAAACCAUCCUCAUUUGCCACCGAAUCUCAAUCUCAAUCUCAAUCAUCUUCAACUGGUGGUUCUGGUUCUGGUUCUACCAAUGGUAUUGAAGGUGAUUUGGCAGCUUUUGAAGAUCCAACUGAAGAAUUCGAAGAUGGUGUUUUAUCUUGUAGUGAUUUCCCUUCAGGUCAAGGUGUCAUUCCUUUAGAUCACUUAGGUUUUGGUGGUUGGUCCGGUAUUGAAAAUUCCGAUGGUUCUACCGGUGGUAAUUGUAAAGAAGGUUCUUACUGUUCUUAUGCUUGCCAAAGUGGUAUGUCCAAGACUCAAUGGCCAGAAGAUCAACCAAGUAACGGUGUUUCCAUUGGUGGAUUAUUGUGUAAGAAUGGUAAAUUAUACAAAUCCAGUACCAGAUCCAAUUACUUAUGUGAAUGGGGUGUCAAGAAAGCUAAUGUUGUCAACAAAUUGAGUGAAACUGUUGCCAUUUGUAGAACUGAUUACCCAGGUACUGAAAAUAUGGUUAUUCCAACCGUUGUUGGAGGUGGUAGUACUUCUGUCAUUACCGUUGUUGAUCAAAGUACUUAUUACACUUGGAGAGGUGGUGCUACUUCUGCUCAAUAUUACGUCAACAAUGCCGGUGUUUCUUGGGAAGAUGGUUGUGUUUGGGGUACUCCAGGUUCCGGUGUUGGUAACUGGGCUCCAUUGAAUUUUGGUGCUGGUUAUGCUAAUGGUAUUGCUUACUUGUCCUUGAUUCCAAAUCCAAACAACCGUGAUUCAUUGAAUUUCAAAGUCAAAAUUGUUGGUGAAUCAGGCUCUACCGUUAGUGGAUCAUGUUCUUAUGCAAACGGUAAAUUCAACGGUAAUAGUGAUGACGGUUGUACCGUUGGUGUUACUUCUGGUGAAGCUGACUUUGUCUUGUAUAAUUAG